CGGAAGUGACGAAUGCAGACUUCCGUUGCUGUCAAGGGCAUCGAAAAGUGUCGUUAGCCGAGACUAGUAGUAGCUGUCCACACGUGUAUUUUCACAAGAUCAAAACAGUUAGACUUUCGGUAGAAAUGGACGGGUUCGGGGCAGACUUCCCAGCGGCUGGAUCGGGUGGUAAAGUGGACGCCGGCACCAUCAUGGAGCAGGUCAAGGUCCAAAUUGCAGUGGCUAACGCGCAGGAGCUGCUCCAGAGGAUGACAGACAAAUGCUUCAAGAAGUGCAUAGGUAAACCUGGGAGCACGCUGGACAACUCUGAGCAGAAAUGCAUUGCCAUGUGUAUGGACCGGUAUAUGGAUGCCUGGAACACAGUGUCUCGAACAUACAACUCUAGAUUACAGCGGGAAAGAGCUCGUAUGUGAACACCCCUCGUACUUGGCCGGACUGCCACUUGCUGUAGGGAAGGUGUACGAGGUUCCACCGGAGAACGGGAGCUGUCCACGGAUGUGUCACGGCGGCACCACACCAUCUUCAAACCAAUAUCUCACGGACAGUCGGAGACUGUGGACUCGAGCCAUAACCCAAGUCUCUGCGGACAUUUUCAUUUUGCUUGAGGAAUAGUUAUUUGUGUUUUUAUGUUAUGAAUAAUUCAUCUUCUGGUCUACAUGUAGUCACACAUUUUAAAAAGCUGCCAUUUACCCAUGCUUGUUUAGAGACGUAUUGGUCACGAUAUUUCAAAGCCGUGACCUUGUGACCUCUGUUUUCUUAUGGCUUCAAUAGAAACACUGAAACCUCUGCCUUUCAAACGAAGGUUGAGUAUUUGUUUAAGAGACAAUUGGGACACAUACCCGUAAUAACAGGUUGCUGUCACACCAAUUUAUUCAUAAAAUACUAUCCACAUGUUCGCUGCCAAUUUUUUUCAUUGUGUUUAUGCUCUGCAAAAUUCUUGACAUUUUUACCAUUGAUAAAGCUGCACAACAUGAGCCCUCAAGGGGCAAAUCCGGCAGAACUUAACGUGCUUUUACGCUAAAUUCAAAAGGAAGACUCGAGGACCAACUUUGUGUUUUCAUACCGGUGAAGCUGACAUUCACAAGCCUCCAAACAGUCCCAUAUCAAAGUACACCCGGAGAACAAAACAGUUUUGUUCUAUCUGCCGCCUGCCACAGUAGUCGGCUUGUUUCAGCAGGGUCUGCCUCGCUGUACAAAGGGUACUGAACCUUUCUCAUCCGCAUGCGCACACCUCGUCAGGUGUCUGGCAACCACACUCCACCUCCCCCCCCCUCCUUUCCUGCUGAGAUAAUGUAGAGAAGUAACAAAAACUUGUGAACAGUAUUUGCAGUUUGUCAGUAAGUGGAAUCAUCUUCAUGAAGAAAAAACAUCUUAUUAGAGUCCUCUGUUGUGUGUCUUCAGGAGUAUGGCAAUGAAACAUCACCAUGGGUUUGUCAAAAUUAAGUGAAAAUUCUAUUAAAGCUGAUUCCAGUACUUU